ACCUCAAACACCACGUGCGAAGGGUCACACUGGGAGCUCAGGAAACAUUCCGGCUCAUCCAUCUGGCCAUUGAGGAGCUGAAAGGUCCCGCAGGGCUGGACGAGAGCGGAGUGAGCCUUUUCAAAACACCUGAGGCCAUUGAUGAGAUGUGGGCAGGCCAGCAGCGACACCUGGAGUGCAUCCAGGAUCCACCAGACAUGAACAUGUAUAGGGUGGCGCGUACCACAACCAUUAACAAUGUGGACCUACCCUACUACAAAUGUCUGCGUGGAAGCAACAGCCUGGAAGGAUUCCACAAAGCUCUGCCGAACAUGAUUCCAGGUCCCCACUGUGCAGCACGGCCCUAUCAGGUUUACCUGAUCAGUGGCAUUGCACGGUGGAACUCUGACAGGAGCGGGGAUGCCGUGUUUGGUGGCAAAGGACGGCACCACAGGACCUAUUCGGCGCCGCUGAUUGAUCGCCUCAACGCUCGCUGUCAGCAGCUGUUCGGAGAGACUGUGGAGGAGAAUUUCCGGGCCCCUGCUGAUGUCUCUUCCAACGAGCUGCUCGGGUUGGAGUACCUGUUCAGCCAGAGCACGGGGGAAUCUGGGCCCUUCUCUCUUCAGGACAUUGUCAACGAUGGACCUGGUCCAGAAGAGGAGGUGCUCCGACCUGGGCAGCCUGAUCCAGAUGACGCAGACGAGGCGUACCAGAGCGAUGUGGAGGCACACGACCGUGCGCUGGAUGCCGUCCUGCCCCACAUCACACUCACCAGCGACGAAACCGCCACUGUUCACCCUCCGGCCUUUGUGAGUAGCCGUGUGUCUGCUAGAAUGAAAUACAAUGCACCAGUUACUGAAAAAGACAACAUAUUUGAACUUACCACAUUCAUAUGGCUUUUUCUUUUACAGGAGGAUGCCUGCAGUCCAAACCCUCUUCCUGGCUUUCCUAAGUUGGAAAUGUUCUGCUCUGUGCUGGUGGAGAUUGGCCUGGCAGAAGAAAAGCUGUCACUCACCACCGUUUGCACCUUUCAGGAGAUGUGGACUCUCUACAGCAAGUACCCCGUAUUUGGACCCGACUUUCGCUCAUUACUUUAUUCGUAUAUCAUUCAUUGUCUUGGGAUUUGGUGGAAGUUAUCUGAGACCCUUGGAGACCUUAACCAACGUUUUUGUUUUGUGCGAAUUGGUCUAGUUUUUCUCUUGAUCGAGCCAUUUCGGAGACCCACUGUUACGAUCUUGCUGAGUUUACUGUCACUGUCAGUUUUGUAUGUCAAUGAAGAUGGCGAGCCCAGUAAUCCGCGUAAUCAACCCAGAUGCCCCUCCAUAUCGUCAGCAGGCCGUAUUGGUGGCGACAAAAGAGGCCCGUUACUAUCGGGAGAAAAGGAUGCUCUUUCCCAAACCUCCACAGGAGCUGCGGAACCAGGCUACAGCCUUGGCUCAUGCAGAGAAGCUCCUUCGAGCGGAGGGUAUCCACACUCCUUCGCGUCAGCUGUGCCUGGGAAAGCUGGUGAAGCUCCUUCGAGCGGAGGGUAUCCACACUCCUUCGCGUCAGCUGUGCCUGGGAAAGCUGGUGAUACCAUUUGGCCAGUAUGAAAACGCAUCUUUUCACUGGCUUGUGGAAAACGAUGUGGGCUACUUGAAGUAUAUACUUGACAAGCACAGAUCAGAGGAGACCACUCAACAUAGGGAGGGAGAGAGAGUGAACCAGGGAGUGAAAGACUACCUCAAUGAAUAUGCAGAGAGUUUCCCACAAGUCUGCAUUCUCCUGGAGGCCAACAUCGACAGGUGUAUUUACGGUCAGAGAGGGUUUGAGGAAAGCACCUUUCAGGAGAUGUGGACUCUCUACAGCAAGUACCCCACCCAAAAGGACAGGCCAGAGCUAUUCAGUGAGGAGGAGAAGGAGAUAAUAAAGAAAGCAUACAGUUCUGUGAGGAGGUGGCUGCACACACCAGUGACCCACAUCACAAGUGUGCAGAUGAAGCGGUUCAGGAAAUAUAUUGUUGACAAGGAGCAACAACCGCAGGCAAGCACCUCCAAGUGUGAUCCUUCAUCAUGGCCAGGGGACGACAGUGAACUGUUAGCUGCAAGCCAGGCUGUUGAAGACACAAUCAAACAGUUCGAGCCCCCUGUCCGGCCCAAGCAGCCCGAGCCCCCUGUCCGGCCCAAGAAGCCCGAGCCCCCUGUCCGGCCCAAGCAGCCCGAGCCCGCUGUCCGGCCCAAGAAGCCCGAGCCCGCUGUCCGGCCCAAGCAGCCCGAGCCCGCUGUCCGGCCCAAGAAGCCCGAGCCCGCUGUCCGGCCCAAGCAGCCCGAGCCGCCUGUCCGGCCCAAGAAGCUUGAACCCGCUGUCCGGCCCAAGAAGCCCGAGCCCGCUGUCCGGCCCAAACAGCCCGAGCCCCCUGUCCGGCCCAAACAGCCCGAGCCCCCUGGCCAACUCACAGAGUCCCCGUCCACAGCACAGGAUCAUGAGGGUCAGCCUUUUCCCACGGAAUCACCUCUGAGUGACUCCCCUGUGGAGCUAGAGGGUUGGGUGCGUCUGUGGGAAAACCCCAAUGGCAUCCCAUCUGCAGACAUUUCCUGGCUCAAAGACCACAAUGAAAGAGGGCUGUUCACACCCGUUCAAAUCUAUAAGGACAAAAGUGGUCUGUUCAGGAGGCGACGGGUGAUGAAAUCGGACCGCAUGUGGUUUUACCCAGAAGAACCUCCCGGCUACGUCAGGGGUGCCCCGCCAACUCCACAACAGUUUUUUUCGGAGUCGUGUUUUUGUGUGGCGUCCUGUUGGAGUGUGGAGGUACUCCCUGAAGUGUCCUCGAGGGGAUCAGUGUCUGGGUAGAGGACGGAACGUGCACCUCUACAAGUCUGGCUAUCACCACCGGGUACGUCACAUCUGUGACGUGUCCACCUGGUACACCAUGCUCACUGAGGUCCUGUGCUGUGGACCAUGUACAAAAGCGGCCAGAAGCGGAGAAGGUGGCACAAUGGGUCGGUGGCUUGCGUGGGAUGCCGCUAUUUUGUCCCAGCUUAGCGAGGCUCACCAAGCUAUGUUCCCUGCCAUCCUCACCAGCAAGCGUGGCGUGGAUAGGACUGUUGUGCGCCUUCUGAGGGACCGGACGGAAGGGAACACCAUGGUCAAGGUGUGGCGGCAGAUACAGGAGAACCACGUUGAAGAGUACCUUCAGCGUAAGGACCUGUACACCACACUCCUCAUGACUGUCGUGAAACCUGGAGGGAUCGUUUCUGCACUAAGGCACACUUUCCAGGCUCCACCUCCUCCAAGAGAGCUCCCCUCCCGCGCGGCUCCUGCGCCACGCCUUCCUGCUGGCGGAGGCCAACAACGUGCAGGAUUACCGGAGCCAGAUCCUCUCCACUUUUGGCACUGUGCUGAAAAUGGAUUCCACCAAGAAAGUGGUGAAGAAGCUGUCUGGGGAGGGUGGAGGCUCAGCUGAGUGGUUCACCAGCAUCGGAAACGAGCACUCCCAGAUAGUUUCAUUUGUGCUGACCUGUGAGGAGUCCACAGAGAAGCUGAAACCGAUGUGCCUUGGGGUCAUGGAGAGGUUCCGGCUGGCCAAUCAACCAGUCCCAAAAAUUAUAUACGUGGACCGUGGGUGUUGCCGUGCGGGGAUGCGCCGUAGAGUAGUGCAAUUGCCCCUGAUCGUGAUUGGCUGGAAGUUUGGAGCGUGGGCUAAGUAAUUAUAUGGUGUUUGUCAGUGUCAGACACACGGCUACUCACAAAGGCCGGAGGGUGAACAGUGGCGGUUUCGUCGCUGGUG